AUGGCUCCCGCCCGCGCGCCCUCGGAGCCGAGCCCCCCGGCCGCGAGUGUGCCGGGAGCGGGCGGAGGCGGAGCCAGGGGCGGAGUCGCCCCGCCCCGCCCCGCGCGGGAAUCCGGCCGCAGGGCCCGCCCAGGGCAGCGCCACCAGCCCCCACCCCUUCGGGCCCGGCCCCGCGGCGCCGCCCGCGAGCAGAGGCGCGGGACUCGCACGCUCUGGGUCCCCACCCUUCCUUACCUCUUAACCAACCGACGCCCCGAAUUUCACUCCCACUGCCGCCAGGCUGCAAGCUGUGGAACGGUAGAGGGGUGGUACAUUGGAAAGCGCCUGCUGGAUUGCCCAGCCCCGGAUAGCUUGAGUUUUUGGGAAUUACGUGCAGGAGCAGGUGUGCGCGCACAGGUGGCGCUGCCUCCAGCCCGUCUGUCCCGGUCCGGGAGGCCUUCCAGGACUGGGAGCCGCGCGUUGCCCCGGGAAGAAUCAUCCGGGAUGGUUGUGAUUUCCUUCUUUCAACUGCAGACCAGGUCAGAGUCGCUUCCCCAAAACCUGCAAACGAGACUUCAGCGUCCUAGCUGGCCCGAGGAGGUUCGCGCCAGUACCGAGGCCAAGAAACCGGAACUCGACCCGGCUCUGCGGUUGGCUGAGCACACAGGCUUGCUCUUUCCAACCUCGGUGUUUGCUUACCAGGAAGUUUUCCGGCUCUCAAGCGCGCCUCCUAUGCGGUCCCCUCGCUGAACUGGUGCCCAAUCAGAACUGGCUUGGCCUUGCCCCUCCCUUGGUUCCCUGGGUCACCCUGGGGGCCUCCGCUCACUUGACCCUGUAACUGUGAGGUUUAUAAUUAAUCAGGCAAAGUCUUACAGACGAAUUUCUCAUCAAUUUCUGGCUCAGAAAGACAGCAGCGGGACGCAUUAUUACAUCAAAGCCCUGAAAUGUUACUUAUCUGAUAGGUGAUCAUUUAUUAAAAUAUCUGCCUUGAUGUGUCAAAUAGGGUCCCAGCAGAUGACCUGAUGCAAAACAAAG